GCCAAAUACACUUUGUAUAUGUUUCAAUGACUGGACACAAAGUAAUCAGCAAUAAUAAAGUCGAGAUUUGAAACAGAUACAGAUAUAAAAUUAUUAAUCUUCCAAUAUCACCAUGCCACCAAGGAAGAAAAAGGAAAUUCUCAUCGUUGUUAUGAAUGUUGGCAAUGACCGGCGUAGCCAGUCUCAAGACAAUUCACAAUUCCUUAACGAUUCCAAGCAAUUUGUAAAGCGCUUGAUAGAAAGGAAGAUAUUUUUCCGGCCUAACGAUGAAGUAGGUCUCAUAAUCUUUGGGGCCGAUGAGACGGACAAUGCUCUGCAAUUUGAUAACAUCGUCGAAUAUCCAGUACGAGUCCCUACUUGGGAGAAUGUUAAACAGGUAUCGAGUCUCGAACGGAACAAUGAAACUUCUACGUGGGUAGAGGCCAUUUAUGUUGGACUCGAAUAUAUCAAGAACGAGAACGUCGUCAAGGAUCCAUGCUAUUUGAUUUUGGUAAAUAAUUUCCAAGAGGAUCCGAAUGUCAUCGAACAAUUUAACGCAAGCGACGUCGUCGAGGAGGUUCAACGAAGUGGAGCUCAUCUGAUAGUCGUUGGGGAAAAAGACAUAAAUGAAGACUCUAAUCGGGAUCUCAAUCCAAGCGAAGAGAUUAUCAAAGAAGUCUGCGAUAAGAGCUCGGGUAAAUUUAUGACUCUCGAAGAAGCACUUUCCAGCGUACGCUUCAUGUUGAAACCGAAACACAAACACAUGCCCUGGCGAUGUAUGCUGGACCUAGCUGGAAUGAAAAUACCGACCACCUCAUACGUCAAAAUAACGAACAACUUCAUAACCCCAUCUUGGAAAAAGAUGUGUAUCGAUAAGCAAAAUCAAAAGUUUAUGGUGUCAAAGAGGUAUGAAUACAUUAAUAAAAAUCGAGAGGUUUACGACAAUGAGUCUAUCAUAUAUGGCUACAAGUACGGAGGACAGUACGUCCCCCUUUCCUUAGAAGAUGAGAACGAAAUGAAGUACGAAACUGGUGAGAAGUGUCUGUCGUUAUUUGCUUUCACUCGAAAGAAGAAUGUAAACAUCGGAAACAUGUCUGGACGUGGAACGCACAUCAUAUUACCUGCUUCCGAGCGAGCUAAAAAACCAUUUUAUUCCCUGCUACGAGCGAUGAUCAAAAAGGAAAUGGUUGCGAUAGUACGAAAGAUAUACCGCAAGAAUAGUGGACCAAAAAUGGGAGUGUUAAUACCACACAUGGAGUCUAAUAAACCGUGGUGUUUUAUUCACAUCCAACUGGGGUUUGCGAAGAAUCAACGGAUAGUUCGACCCAAGCCUACAAAGUCUUACGCAAACCGAAUUUCCCAGGAACAAGACGAAGCUCUUGAUGAUUUAAUACAAGCAAUGAUGAUUUCUGAUUCGGAGAUAUCGGAAGACAAAAACAUAACCUACGAGCCUGGUUCGCUGCCUCUUUUAAAAGUACAACAUUUUUGGAACGUACUCUCCCACAGAGCAUUGAAUCCAGAUAAAGCACUACCACAAGUCGAUCCCAAUUUACAAAAGUUCCAUACGUUAUCCGAUGACAUUAAAAAGAAGAGCGAGCCUGUCCUGGAAAAAAUCAGAACUCUCUUCAUGUCCGACGAGGAAUCUGACUCUAAAAUAGUCGAGGAAAAGAAGCCAAACGAAAGAAAAGAAAUAAAAGAAACACCCGACGCCCCACCCAUCGAAGGGAUGGACAUCGAUCACAAUGACGUGUUAUCAGAUUUAUGAGCAGCCUGUAUAGAAACAGCCGUCGAUGUUUAUUAAAAACAUAAAAAAGGACGGUGGAGCGUAGCCAGUACAAGACCUCGACAUCGAGUACUGACCAUUCCAUUCGCCGGUUUCUCUUUUUCUCUUUCUUUCUUCCUUUUCUUCCGUACAUUCUGUAAUAUUUAAUACAAUUAUAAUUGGUCUUAUACCUCCGACA